AUGGAUAAUAAUGUUUUUUUCAAAGAAGUAUUUGAUGUUUUAGAUGUAAAUUGUGAUACCUCUGUAGCUGAAAAUGUCAAUAGGAUCCACUGUGAAGGAAUUGAAACUCAAACCGAUCUCUUACUGGAUUUGUAUUCACCUGUUUUCAACGUUAAAAAAGGUGAAAAAAUAAAUGUGUUAUUGGUGAAAGAGAUUCAGAGCGGUAAAAGAAAACUUGAAAACGACGACUCAGAUAUGGAAGUUUAUGAUGCAAAUGGACAAUCAUCUACAGUUGAUCCGCUAGAUACUUCAUCGAUUCUAAAUGAAUAUAGUAAAUUCAAGUAUAUAAUGCAUGGAAAGAUUUACAAAAUUGAAAACAAAAUGAUUUCAACUAAUGAACCAAUCAUUGCAGUUUAUGCUUCUUUUGGUGGACUCUUGUUUCGUCUUCAAACAAGUCUUGAGAAUCAUUCAGACUGGCAUAUUGACCGUAAUCUAUACCUUCUCAUCAGACGUGAAAAGAAGAAAUCAUCUGAAUAA